ACGAUGACGAAGACGAACAUGCGCAGUUAGUGAUACAGGAAGCAGUAUCGACGAGCUCGACAGAAAGAGAACAGCUGUAUCGUGGAUAUUUGUGUCCAUAAUGGGUCGUUUCUAGAGUAGGACUGUCAGGUUGAAGGAAAAUCGGAAUAUCUUGAGAGAUAUCCACCUCAGAGUACUGAAACGGAGCAAAUAUGAUGUCUGAAUGCGAUCCGGCAGAGAGCAGCGAGCUCGUUCUGGACUCUGGAGCAACAGCGGCUCCUGCUCCGAAGUGUGACUUUAACUCCUCGGACCCUUCAAAUGUUUUAUUCGACAGGACUGGGAGAGGGUUAGGGAUCUCGGUGAACCCCGGAGGAGCGGUUCGUAUAUCAGGCUCUCGAGAAAGUGUCCUGACUGAACUGGACUCUGACAGCUCCGGAGAGGAGGCGCUGCUGUUACCGUGUCUGACAGGAGGCUCGUCCCCGCGGGAGGUUCGAGAGAAGCGGGCCAGGCGGACCAGACUCGGCUUGUCGUCGGACAGGGACACACUGGCCUCCCCAGGUAGUCUUGUUGUUUAAGACCAAGGCUUUAAGAGUCUCCCGAAGGGGGGAAAAAGGGUGUAGACUGUGGGGUUGUUUUCGUGAGGGGGGUACUGACUUAGUGGUUUAGACUGAUUCAUAAACGAGAGAUAUGUUUGGUGGGUUUGUACGGUGGCCGAUAACCGCCACUGCUGCAAAUAAAAAAAGAAUGCAAAGAAAAGAAGCCACAACUGAAGUUACUGAUGGAAAGAGAAAAAAAUAACAAACCCCGCUGCAAAUUUAAAAAAGAAAGAGAUGAUGAGGAUAAAAAAAACAUCGGAAGUUAACCACGCCAAAUAAAAAAAUGGUAAUGCAAAAAAACGUUACGUAUUGACAAAAUAAAAGGAUGCAAAUAAAAAAGCCAAGUUAGAAACAAAAGGAUGCAAACGAUGGAAGUUAACAAUGCAAAAAAAAAAAGUAGUGAUGUGAAAAAAAAGUAACCUACUGCAAAAAUAAAAGGAUACAAAUAAAAAAAGCCACAACAAAGGGUUAACGACUUAAAAAAAGUGGCCAUGCAGAAAAAAAAAAAAAACCUACUGUGAAAAUUAAAGGCUGCAAUUAAAAAAAGCCAUGACUGAAGUUAACGACUCAAAAAAAAGUGGCAAUGCAAAUUGCUGUUGCUGUUGUUGGCUGUAGAAAGUAUUUUUUGAACCUGACCUGUCAAGUCCUGGCGCGUGUUUGAUCACGUGUGCGACACUGGAGAGUGACAAGUGCUUUGUUUUGUCAAUUCAAUUUUACUUCAUUGAUCGCUAAAAUGUUAUGGGAACUGAGUGCCGUUGUAAAACCUCACCAAAUGGAAUGGAGUAAUGCAGCGUUUGGUAACGGACACAGAGUUACUGAAUUUAACAAAACAACAAGUUACAUGAUUAAUUACCAAAUAAAGUAACGGCGUUACGUAACAGCGUUACUAAUAACGCGUUGCUGCCCAAAACUGUGUAUGAUUGUGAGUGUUGUGUGGUGGUGGUUGGAGAGGCCGUAGGCGCAAACUGGCAGCCACAUUUCCAUCAGUCUCCUUCAGGGCAGCUGUGACUACUAAGGUAGUUUACCACCACCAGGGUGUGACUGUAUGAGUGAAUGAAUGAUGUAUCCAAUAUAAAGAGCUUUGAGGGUCUCUGAUAAAGCGCUAUAUGAAAUCUGAUGUAUUAUGAUUGUUAUUUAUAUCAUCAUUGUUAUGUUUUUCUACACUAGGGACCAACAGGGGGGACUUCAACCAUUUCCCAGAUGAUCAAGAAUUUACAGAUAUCGUCCAAAUGGCAGAACAAGCUAUCCAGACCGGUGUAUUUCCAGAGAGGAUUUCCCAGGGUUCGAGUGGGAGCUACUUUGUCAAAGACCCAAAAGGGGUGAGGAGACGAUGGAGGAAUGACGUAGAAUAAAGAAAAUGAAAAGAGAGGAAGAACUAGAGACUGAGGAUGGUGUAUAGAACAGCUUCUUUGACGAUACCACAGCUGAGACAGGACGUAAGAAGCUUGAGUUACGCCUCUGGAUUCUAAUUUGCUGAAGGAACUUGCUGAAUAAUGCAGAAAAGAAGCUUUCCAUUGAUAACUGAUAGGGAGCAUGCAUGAUUAAGUCACAUCAGCGAGAUCCUCGGUACGAGAGAAAGACACAGGCAGCGUCUUUACAACUACUACAUUUUAACUGCAAGAGAUUCUCCAGUUUGAUCUAAUUUGCAAGGAUCAGUAAUUUUUUUGGAUAUCGCCUCUCCUGUGAUGUUUUCACCAUGUCAGAAUCAUUGUGUUAAACUGAACUCAUGCAUUGCUUUGUUGAUCUUUUGUAGAAAAUCAUUGGUGUUUUCAAACCAAAGUCAGAGGAACCUUAUGGCCACCUCAACCCCAAAUGGACCAAAUAUUUCCACAAGGUACAUUUUAAGAAGAGUUUCAUCUGUUUUAUGAAAAUACAAACAUGUAAAAUUAUUCAUCACUGUCCUCCCUCUCGCUCUGUCUCAUUAGAUAUGCUGUCCCUGUUGUUUCGGCCGAGGCUGCUUGAUACCUAACCAGGGUUAUCUCUCAGAGGCUGCUGCCUCGCUCGUUGAUUCCAAACUCGGCCUCGGAGUGGUACCAAAAACAAAGGUAGGAAGUCAGUGGGAAAGGUUGGAGGAGGAAUAACACCACCUCUGUGACGUGCAGCUUUUGACCUUAUGUAGAUGUAAAUUUUGAAUUUCGGUCAACACCAAUAAGUAAGUUUUUUUUUUUUCAAAUGAGCACCAUCAUCUCCAUCCGUAUCAGACAGAUCAGCUUUGUUCACCCUACACCUGUGUGUGCGCUGGCAUCUGUCUAUCUGUUAGAGACUCUGACGAGAUUCUCACUAAAUCUUUGUCAUCAGGUUUUGGGGUCCCACCUUUUUGGUAAAACUGUAGGUAGUGGAUUUUUUAUGCAUUUGAUUUUAAAAAACUGACUUCUGGACGCUUGAUUGGUAGCUUUAAUUUGUCCUGAUCCCGGCAGAUCCCGGAGAUUUAACCUCUGCACAGACAUUUCCAGCCUUUUCUCCUCCUCAAAAACAGCGAUUCCCUACAAGUCCGCCUGGUUCUUUCUGCGGAAAAGAUGAAUUUCUUGCAUAUGUCCUGAUACUUCUGACAAUGUGAUGCUGAAACGCCAAAGGAUUUAGUAUCUCCUUGUUUGUGAAAAACAGCUACUGAAGUUCAAUUCAUCUUAAUGCUCCACAGCGCUCAUUUAAACAAAUAACAACAGGCUAGAACAGCUAUUAGCUACAACUUUAUUCUCGUAAGUAAUGAUUUAAUUACGACUUUAUUCCCGUAAGAAAUUAAUUUAUUUUGAAUCUAUUCUCGUAAGUAAUGAUUUCAUUACGACCGUAUUCCCGUCAGUAAUUACAAAGUCUUAAUUAUUUACUUGGUUGUUGGUAAUAGAUUUUUUUUUUUUUUUUUUCAGGUUGUGUAUCUGGCAAGUGAGACGUUCCACUAUAACGCCAUCGACAGAGCAAAAUCCAAGGGGAAGAGGUACGCCUUAGAGAAAGUCCCCAAGGUGGGAAGACGCUUCCACAGAGUGGGCCUGCCACCCAAGGUAAGGGCCUCAAAUCUGCACAACAUUGCUGUGUUGUUUGAGCAAAAAGUGCAACAAAAAAAAAAAAAGGUGUAACAUAUGGAGUGUUUUUGUUCCUAGUUGGGCUCGUUUCAGCUGUUUGUGGAGGGUUACCGUGAAGCAGACUACUGGCUGCGGCGCUUUGAGGCAGAACCGUUGCCAGAAAAUAUCAGGAAGCAGCUGCAGUGUCAGUUUGAGCGGCUGGUCGUUUUGGACUAUGUAAUCAGAAACACAGGUGAGAGUUUCUCAACACUUUAAAACGGUGUACUUAGAUAACCACAGGACUGCACUUCAAUCCCUGAGUCCAGCUUGAAGUGUUUUUCCUACACUGUUUACAGCACUUACUGGCUGAGUCACCUUUGCACACAUGCCUUUCUAGUUAUUAAAUUUGCAAGCUCAUCAUAAGUUGAACUUACACUCUUCAUCGCAGCCAACAAAUUUGAUAGCUGUCACAUACAUUUAAAGCAGCUGGACAGUUUUCAUUUUCUGUUGAUUUCAGCGGCCACUAUAGACAAAAGCGGUAGUGUUUUAGUGCGAGCUCCAGGAACUGACUUUUUGCAAUCAGUUUAAGGCAACUUACUUGGUAAAUGUAUUUAAAAUGGGAAGUGAGUCUGGGUCAGCCCGCCACAGAGUGUGAGACAGACGUGGAGCAGCAGGACGACUGAGGUUUGUGACACAGAGCAUCUCUGUCUGUCUGUCUCUGGUGUGGAGGAGCUUCUCACUCCGUGGCAAGACGUUGUCAGCAUUUGUGUAGUGACAGUAAUAUGCCCGUUUUCAGUGCAAAAUUAAGAGAAAAAACGCUUGUCGUCUCUGGUCUGAGUGCUGUAAAUCAUUUCCUUCAUGGUCCCCACCCAACUACUGGCUCCCGUUUUCCCCGUUUUCACUAUUUAGAAAUAGCUGAUCUUCACACAGGUGGGCUCAUUCGCUGUUGCAGGUGACGGGGAGAGAUCAGCAGAAACAAAAGAUUUUUUCAAAUCUAGUUACAAGUUCCUCACAGAAGGUUUCAAGUCCUGGUUGAUGAUCUGAGAAGCAGUAGAAAAAAACUGAGCUGUCGAGGCAGAUUUGGAAAAAGUUUCCCACCCCCCACACACACACACACACACACACACACACAAACCUCUCCCCUCUGUGCUCCACGAUAACUUCCCCCCUCAACCUGUAUCUUCCUCACCACCUCUGGCAGAGCAAGAAGCCGGCCGGCAGAAGAUCCUACGCUAGCUUCAAAUAGGAUUCACCAUGUUGGAUUGUUAGCGGCAGUAAACGCCAGCUCUGCGAGCAGGCAGCGUCUGCAGCUGCCUGGACAGCCACCGUGUUGACAUUGCAGAGACUAAUAAGACUUAUUUAUGUAACAUGUGCCACGAUAAAAGGUGAUAAAAGUUACCUGAUCAUCAAAAACUCUGCUGUCUCGACGUCUGUUUUCAGGACCAAAUCCUAGUGUAGCUUUCUCCACCGCUCGAAGGAUAACCCGAUGUUUAUUCGAGUUAGAUUCCUCGCUUGGUCACAUUUCCUCUUCGACUCUUCUGUCGGCUUGCGUUUUCUUCCCACUUUUGGCGGUGGGGCGAGCAGAAGUGUUUUUUUUUUUUUUCACGUCCUUCUCCAUCACAGCUCCUGUAGCUAAGCUGCUACGCUACUAUUAGCGUCUCAGAGCUCCGAGGAGGGGCAGGAGAGUGGGAGGGGACGAGUCGGAACUACAGGAGAGGGGUGUGUCGAAUACAGCGAGGUGAUUGGAUGGAGAGGCGGAGCAGGAGAUUAACCAAUAGGAGUUGUCCGGGACGGAUGGAUUCUGUUUUUUUUUCUCUUCACUUUGUGGAGAUCGCACUACAGGACCAUGAUCGGCAUAUAAACGAGGUUCAUAAUAAUUAGCAAUCUCUCCAAUUGUCAACCAUGACUUUAAGUAAAAUACACCUGCUAGAACUCAAUUUAUAUUAUUCUUUUUAUUUGAGGGAGUAGAGUUUCCACAAUAGAUCAGUAAGUCCGCCCUCAGUCUCCGUAUCUCCCACAACUAUUGCUUCUGCAUACGCAAUCCACUCGUUCUGACACAGCAACACUACUUUGUAUCCCGUCAUUGUUUUAAAAGUUCGAAUAAAGUUCAGAUCCUGUUCGAAAUCUCAUUAACAUCACAGUGAACACACAUUAAAAGGCAGCUUUAUAAGCGUAACGCCGAUGAUAAAGUCAACACUGCAGACACAAGGUCAUGGCUAAAAUAACUUGAGGUUGACAGCAGUAAUGUAAUGCAUUUUUAAAACUCCUUUUCUCUGUUGUCUCUUCAGAUAGAGGAAACGAUAACUGGUUGAUCAAGUAUGAGAAGCCUGGGGAAAGAGAAGAAGAACAAAAGGUGAGGUCAGUUACCGUGUGUGGAGUGUUUCCAGAGGGAACAACACCCAGAUUUAAGUGCAGCUUAAACGCACAACCCGGUGAAAGCAGAAACACUCAGCAGGUUGUAAAACACAGGCAUGAUUUAGCUUCAACAAACACACACAGACAUUUGCACGUCACCCGUUCAUAUCCAGGACACUCAGAGACAGAGAGUAUCUUCCUUUUUGUUAGUCUGGUGCUACAACUCAACUCUAACAAACUAUUGUUUGUGCCCAAGCAUGCAAUGUUUUUUUUAUACACAUACAUAUACACAUAUACACACCAUAAUUAAGAUCCUUUAUAGGUGGGUUCAACCGACAUGCGUGAACAUUUCUACGCAUUUGCAUCAAGGCCUUAAAAGACAGAUCUCUCUGUCCGAUUGGUUUGAGUGUUGUAUCUAUGACAACUCUUGGACAGCAUAUCUGAUCCGUUUCCUCCUCUUGAUAGGAUACAGAGUGGCCGGAGACCAGUCCGGACUCUUGCAUCAAGAUUGCAGCGAUCGACAACGGCCUGGCCUUUCCCUUUAAGCAUCCAGAUGAGUGGAGAGCUUGUACGUUGGUCACUUUUCCCCUCACCUCUUUUCAGUAUUGUCUGGGUCUUUCACACUUGGUGCAGCUCUUUGUCAAAAUCAGUUUAAAAAGCAGGAAUUUAGUUCAUUGGAUGACAAAUUUUGGGGGCUUUCACACCUACGUCGAAACUGUAUGUAUUAUGGACAACUUGGUUCCGCCUUCUGCGAGUAUACGGAUUUAAAGCCGAAUUACUCUCUGUAUUUCUGGGUUUUUUAUCCACUUCCUGGAACCACCACUUGCGCAGCAGCGUUGUACGCAUUCGGCGGGAGAGUUGCAGAGAGCUGCACAAUCGUCGUACGCCCAUAGGCUGUAUCAGGUGUCAAUCAUAGGAAACAUGAACCCCCUAAUAACUUUUAAAAAUGGAGCUUCACAGAAAAAAGAGGACUUGAGCACAAACCAGUCUGACAGUAACUACAUGUCAACAUCACAAACAGGGGGGAGAAAAAUUUAUGUUCUGUGUGAUAAAUUUCUAAAGUUUGUCCACAGCUCCAUAGGGAUUGCUGGAGGAGGCGGGAUUUAUGACCUAUACUGCAGCCCGUCACUAGAGGGUGCUGUUCUCAGGGUAGCUGCUUCCAGUGAGGAGGCAGACGGCGUCCAUUCUAUAUACAGUCUAUGGUCCAAACCAAAAUGAUAGGUGUGAAACCUCCUCAGGGGCCUCAUUUAUCAACCGUGCGUACGUACAGAUGUGUGCAUAAUGUCAAACUACGAACAUUCCCACACAAAGUCUGGAAUUUAUUAACUUGUACUUGUUCUUAGGAAUGUUCCUAAAUUUAAGCCCAACUCUGACAGUGCUUACACACAAACCCUAGUGGUAGAACAUUGAAACUACAAAUAGAACCCGUUAAAGGAGUCACAGCGUUCAGCAAUCUCAAACUUCACACAUGUUCUCCGUUGCCUCUGUACAAAAUCAUCAGUUAGUUAUUUAGCAGACAUUUUGAAUGAUCGGUGUGACGAGCAGACAAAUCUCCCGAGCCGGUGUUGCAAUGACUCGCAGGAUUACAUACUUUCUUUUCCUUUCCUGUCGAUGAAGUUGUCGUCUAAUGAUCAAAUUCGUGAGACUUCCUCAGACCAAACUCAUGUACAGCUCUCCAAGUUUGACAAACAAAACAAACCGAUUUCUAAAAGUUUCUAAAACUUCCUUAAAAUGUUGUAAUAGCAACUGAAAAGUGAGAUACUCCCACAUCAGUGGCCAGAACAAAGCCCUCAUACACGGUAUUGUCGUUCCCUCGCUCUAUCAGACCCCUUCCACUGGGCUUGGCUCCCCCAGGCUAAGGUUGCCUUCUCCCAGGAGACCAGAGACCUGGUACUGUCCCGGCUGUCUGACAUGAACUUUGUCCAGGACCUCUGUGAGGAUCUUUAUGAAAUGUUCAAGGUAUGAGCCACCUCAUGACUUUUCCAUAAAUCCCUCUCAUUCUUUCUAGUUGUACAGGUACAAGUUCGUACUCUUCAGUCGGACGUUGGUUUUGAAGCAAACUAACUCUUUAACAAUAGCACCUCCUCACUGUGAUUUCUUUUUUGUUCCGUUUAGGCAGAUAAAGGCUUUGACAAAACCAUGUUUGAGAGACAGAUGUCUGUAAUGAGAGGACAGGUAAGUUGUCGUUUACCAGUUUCUGAUCGUGCUCGCCGUUCUUCCUGUCCCUGUUUUGCAGUUGUAUAACUCAUCAGUCAUCAAAUCUUUUACAUCAGUGUUUUUAAGGUGCCUGACCAGCUUUAUGAAGGCACCUUUUCGAAGCAAAAGCUCGCUUUCUUCUUCUUCCUCUGACUCACACGACCCUUUGCCAUAUAUGUGCUGCAAGUCUCCCCCCGCCCCCUGAAAUCCAGGGUCAGUAGUGUCAGUAGUUCUUGCAGCUGUAACAUGGUUUGUUGUUUUGGAGCUGUAGCACCACCGGUACUUUAGUCCUCCAUCAGGGGGUCUUGCCAAGACAUUUGCUUCUUCAAAGUUCUGAUCUUAGCAGGUGACAAGCUUUUGCCCUUCAGGCAUUUCACCAUAAUGUUCUCGUCCUUUUUGCCCAAAACCUCAAACUAGGACUGGACGAUCAUAUCGUAUCUUCCGAUCUCGAUUAUUAUCACUUUAACUGCCAGUUUUUAAAAACUAAAGAAACUAGAGAUUAGUUCAACAUUUUAUUAACAUAUUAAGUAUGUAACAAAAUAAAUUAAAUAAGAUAAACUUAAAAAGAUAUAAACAACAUUUUAACUCAACAGAACAACAAAUGUAGAUAAAUAUUAAAUAAUACAGUGAACUAGUUUACAGUCCUGAGUGUUUUUGCAGGUAUGUAAGACCCAAAAUAAACAAAUCGCCUCCUCAGAGAUAAUGGAGACGCCUUAAAAUGUCAACAUUAGAUGAUGUAAACAUAGAUGAUAUGAUUGAUUGCUUCGGUCUGGUGGCUGCACCGCUAGUUGUAGCUAAACUGCUUAUGCUGCUCGUGCCGUCAGGCUGUGCAGACUCCGCUCACACUUUCAUGCUUUCCGCAUAAUGACUUGGGGAGUACUUCUUCAAAUGAUUAAACAGAUUUGUUGUGUUGCCGGUUUAUCAGGGCACCGACUGCCAACAUACCUUACACAUCGGCUUAAUUGCUCAAUGUCACUUCGGAGAUACCUGAACCACCGCCACACAACCAGCGUUGAAUAACUUUUCUUCUCAACAAUAACAUCUUCAGAGGAUGACUCAAAGUCACGGCUGACAUCUAUUUUUCCGUCCUCAGCUCCAUGUUUAGCGCCACGUUCGCUCGUUCUGUUUACUUAAAGAAGCGGCGACUUACAGAAGCGAGCAGGAAAAUCUCGACUCUGAUUGGCUGUUGUGACGCACAUUUCCGCCAUGUUUGAUCGAGUAAAUAUGCUCACAGCUGAUCACCGUGAUCGAACUGAAAUUUAUCACGAUCAUUAAUAGUGAUCAUAUGAUCGCCCAGUCCUACCUCAAACCAGCGCUAAUAUUUCCAAGAGGUAAACACUGUUCACUAUUUUAAACCAGCUCUGUUUGCUACUAGGUUUUGAACCUGACCCAGGCACUGAAGGACGGGAAGAGUCCCAUCCAGCUGGUCCAGAUGCCACGUGUGGUAGUCGAGCGCAGCCUCUCAGGCAGCCAGGGCCGGGUGGUCACACUUGGUAAUGCCUUCACACAAACCUUCCACUGCAAACGCCCAUUUUUCUCUUCUUGGUAAUCAGACUUUGGCGAGGAGGGGAACUAAGGAGAGACAUUUGCAAAAGCCCUUUCUGUCCAGGAAGCGAGGAGGAAAAUGGGGAUGCCACAUGGUAGUGUACUCGUCUUUCCUCAACAAGGAAAAGUAAAGGGAAAAGCCAUGGAUGAAGAGUAAAAAAAACUAUCGGUGGAGUGAAAAACCUUGAACUGGCUCUUUUAAUUCUGUGUAAUCAGAUCGCAGGGAUUAAUGAAGCUGGAGAGACUGUCUCACCAGCGUCUCCUGGAACACUUGCAGAUGCGGGGAAAGUUUUGAGAUGUUAUCCAUGAUAUGAUGGGAUAAUCAGCUGCUCUGAUAUUUGUCUUUUGCAAUGAGAAUGGUGUGUAGUCUACCAAAGUACCUACUGGAAUAUCUUUCGUUGUGUGUCAGUGGGGUUUAUAGCCAAAGAAGAAGCACUUACAAACCACAAACUAAAUGAUCAGUGGUGCGGUGGUGUUUGGUAAUCCCAAGAACUGGUUUCACAGGUCUCCACCUACUGGUAAGUGUUCUCCUCGCGGGUGUUCUUUUUUGUUGUCUGUUUGUUUUGCCUUGGAGUAUGUUGGGAGAAGAAUUAGAAAUAUUUGUCCGGCCUCGCUGGGCUCCUUCUUGAAGUAUAAAUGUGCGCUCGUACUGCUGUAGAUCUCGGACUUGGUCAAACCGUUCCUGACCAAAGGUUAGUUUUUCAAAACCACGUCUCUCGGCCAAACGCAAACACAGUGUCUUCAACUUUCACAACUGCCACAUUUAUUUUAGCACAUUUAAAGGUCUCCAGGAAGUGUUUUGAAUUCUUGAACAUGAAAUUUGAGAUGUAAUGAUGAUGCCAACACUGCUUGAAUGUAAUCUGUUUACAGUUUCUAUUCUGACUCUUGAUCCUGUACAUUUCAAUACCAGUGAAUGCACUUGAAAAUAGUCUUUUCUCUUAUCAGUGAAUGUAAUGCAAUAGUAAUCUGAAACCUUUGAUUCCUGGCCAGAAGUUCUUCUUUAGGACUUGUGGAAGUGGGGAUAGGACCUGGAUCCUCUCUCCUAUAAAGAAGUUAAACUAAAGGUAAAAAACGAAAAAAAAACAAAUGCAACAUGUGUUUGAAGGUAUCGUGCUUUCUUAGGUAUGCAUCUUGAAAUUUUCAUAAUCAGAUGAUUUUAUGAAUAUGUAUACUAAACAUGGAAAAUAAAAUUUGCAUAAUUUGAAUCUUUUUUUGUUUUUUUAAUUUGACCUCAUACUGAGGCCAUCGAUAUAAAAUGUAAUGUCCUUUUGCUCGCAUCUAUCAUAAGACCUUUAACCUAAAUGACUCAAAGAAAGCACAAAAGAAACCUGCACGUUGAUUUUGGAAAGCUAUCAUCCAUGCAACGUGCUCCUGCUCACUCUGGGGUUGAUGUAAGUAAAGUAAAUCCUGGAUGCUCUGUCCAAAAUAACUUUAGGAUCAGUUAUUGUUUGAUUUGCUGUCACUUAGAUACUUGUCUGUGGAGACUUACCUUGAGCGUCUGGAGAGGGACCACGGCCAUGCCAAACAUAUUCUUCACUCUCAAUAGAAAUCAAGUUAUUGUGGAUGCUGUUGAUAUGUUCAUCAACCUCAUACAAUACGACCAAAAAGUUCAGUAAACACUAUGAGUCUAAUCCUUUGCAUGUGGCAUCCAAACAAAAAGGUUACAUUAAAGGAUACUUCUGUGAUUUUAUUGUAGAGGUUAUAUGAGGCGUUUUAAAAAGCCAUUGUAUAGACUACUGUGUAUGGCAAUUUACGCAACUUAAAGGGAUAUUCCGGUGCAGAAUUAAUUUAGGGUCAAACACACCUCAACACCGAGUUAGACACCCCCUCGAGAGAUAAAUGUUGCCGACCUGCUUCUCUAGUUAAACCAACUUUAGAAAUGACUGCACAAAAGCAAUA